AUGGAACUCAACCGAGAAGAUUUUCGCGACAUAAUUUAUUACAACUUUCAGAGACAAUUAUCGCAACAAGAAUGCCUUGCUGAGUUACUGUCUGUUUUCCUCAACGAAGCGCCACAUCAGUCGACAAUUUCCCGUUGUCUUAGCGACGAUUCCAGGGUGGGCGCACCAAAAACGGCAGUCACCCAGGAAAACGUCGAUGCUGUGCGCAAACUCAUCAUUGAAGAUAGACAUGUGACAUAUCGCAAGAUUGAGGCGUCUUCGAAGAUCUCAAAAACCUCAAUUCAAAAAAUUUUACAUGAAGAAUUAGGAGUAAGAAAAUUAGUUUCUCGUUGGAUACCACACCUGUUGACUGAAGAGCAGAAAGCAGCCAGGUCGGCUGUUUGGGUGUUCCAUGGUGAAGAAAAGCCAACAAAAGUCAUCCGUUCUCGAAGUGUUUUGAAAAAGAUGGUCGCGACAUUUGUGUCAAAAGCGGGUCAUAUUGCAACAAUUCCUCUUAAUGAGCAAAGAACUGUUAGUGCGGAUUGGUAUACCACCAUUUGUUUGCCACAAGUCAUCACCGAGCUUCGAAAAAUCAACACCGAAAGUAGAAUCAUCCUCCACCAAGACAAUGCAAGCUCGCACACAGCCCAAAAAACAAGGCAGUAUUUAACAGAAGAAAACGUGGAAUUAUUGGACCAUCCUCCAUAUAGUCCCGAUCUAAAUCCUAACGAUAUCUUUACUUUCCCGAAAAUUAAAAACAGACUGCGUGGUCAAAGGUUCCAGUCACCAGAAGAAGCAGUUGACGUAUUCAAAAAUGCCGUUUUCGAUCUGCCAUCAAACGAGUGGAAUAAGUGCUUCGAAAAUUGGUUCGGGCGCAUGCAUUAA